AUGUCGUUGGAGCGGGAAAAUAUGUCGUCAACCACCAACGCGCCGGAGGAGAAGAUCAGCAAGGAAGCGGCAAAGAAGGAAGCCGCGAAAUUGGAGAAGUUGCACCGAAAACAGGAAAAAGAAGAAGAAUCCGCCCGUAAGAUUGCUUCUCUUCUAUCCCUGGACGAUGAAUCGUUUUCCGAGAACGAGAACUAUGGCGGCGACGUGACUCUUACCGAGUUGAAUUCGCCGGCGGAUCAUAAAUGGAGAGAGGCUACUGAGGGAAAGAAGUGGACCGAUGUGGGGGAUUUGGUGGAAGAGAUGGUUGGAUUAGAGGUUCUGAUCAGAGGCCGAUUGGAAACGUAUCGCCAUAAAUCUAGCAAACUGGGAUUUCUGAUGUUGAGGCAAAGUGGAUUCAAGGUCCAAUGCGUGGCUACACAAUCGGAGGAGACCAAAGUGAGCGUCAACAUGAUUAAAUUCCUCAAGCAGCUUAGUAGCGAGUCCUUUGUCAAUGUCAUCGGUGUCGUCCUUCUCCCCAAGGACCCUGUGACAGCAUCCACGCAGCAGGUCGAAAUUCAAGUGAGAAAAGCCUACUGCGUCAACAAUGCCUUGCCACAGUUACCACUUAUCGUGGAGAAUGCUGCCCGAAGUGAAGCUGAUGUUAAGGCUGGGAAAGCUGGUGCCGAUCGGGAUACACAUUUGAAUUAUAGGGUGAUCGACCUCAGAACACCGGCUAAUCAAGCCAUCUUCCGCAUUGAGAUGCAAGUCAAAAAAGCGUUCAGAGAAUUUUUAGAAUCCAAGGGGUUUAUUGAAAUCGACACACCGAAAUUGAUCGCUGGUAGUAGCGAAGGUGGUUCUGCGGUAUUUAGGUUGGACUACAAAGGACAGCCUGCUUGUCUGGCUCAAUCUCCCCAGCUUCAUAAGCAGAUGGCAAUAUUGGGUGACUUUCGACGCGUCUUCGAGAAUCAUGUUUACAGAGCAGAAGACUCCUUCACUCAUAGACACCUGUGUGAAUUCGUUGGUCUUGAUGUGGAGAUGGAGAUUCAAACGCACUAUUCUGAGAUUAUGGAUCUUGUUGAUGAGCUGUUUGUCUUCAUAUUCACUAAAUUGAACGAGAGGUGCAAUAAGGAACUAGAAGCUGUCAGAAAGCAAUACCCAUUUGUACCUUUGAAGUUUCUUCCAAAAACAUUGAGGCUAACUUUUGCAGAAGGGAUUCAAAUGCUUAAGGAUGCUGGCGUGGAGAUUAAUCCUCUUGGAGAUCUAAAUACAGAAUCCGAGAGAAAGCUUGGCCAGCUCGUUUUGGAAAAGUACAACACAGAGUUCUACAUGCUGCAUCGCUACCCUACUGCAGUUAGGCCAUUCUACACUAUGCCAUCUGGAGACGAUUCUCGCUACAGCAACUCAUUUGAUGCCUUCAUAAGAGGUGAGGAGAUCAUAUCAGGAGCCCAACGUGUUCAUAUCCCAGAAUUCUUGGAGGAACGAGCAGGAGAAUGUGGCAUUGAUGUGAAGACCUUAAAAUAAUACAUCGAUCAAUUCAAGUACGGUUCACCUCCUCACGGUGGAUUCGGAGCGGGGCUGGAGCGAGUGGUAAUGCUCUUUUGUGCCCUCAAUAACAUCCGCAAAACAUCGCUCUUCCCUCGUGACCCUCAAAGGCUUGCUCCCUAAUCCGAUCUGUUCAACUCAAAGCUAAAGCAUGGAUAAUUCACCAGACUUCGCAGAUCUUUCUCAUGAAUAUUUUUCGAGAGUUUAAGGGAUUUUAUUGUCUUUGCCUGAUUCUUGCCCUUUAGUGCAAGUGAAUCUUGAUUUUACUUAUGUGUAUUUCACAUUACCGAG